UCUUUGAAGCAUUAUUGCAGUAAUUUCUUCUCCAACGCUUUGCUGUGUUAUGGACUGAUAUUUUUCCUAAUUUGGGACUAAGUUCUGUUUUUUUCUAAUAUCUUUCGGCAUGUGCCGCUGGUUAUAUUCAGGGGAUUGUAGUAGCGAGCAUGGAUUUGGGUGGAAGAGUUAAUCCUCAAGCUGGCAUUGGACUCGGCAGGGCUGCUAUGCAAAGGGGUGUCGAACGUCAUCGUCGCGUGUGGUCGCGGAGGGAGGAGGAAAUUCUGAUUUCCACGCUGAAAGAUCUUGCUGCACUAGGUUAGAAAUCCGAUAACGGAUUUAGAGCCGGGUACCUUGCAAAGGUAGAAGAGGCUCUCCGACGUGAGUUCCCUACCACUGAUUUGAAGGUGAACCCCAACAUCACAUCCAAAAUUAGCGCUUGGAAAAAAAACUACUAUAGCCUUCAAGGGGUGCUGAACCACAGUGGCGUGGGGUUCAACUUGCGUGGUGAUUUCAUGGUUGAUUGUGAUGAUCAGCAGUGGGAGCAUAUCAUACGGGUUGACAGUCACGCCCGUUUCAUUAGGAACAGACCUUGGCCCUUGUGGGAUGAUUGGAAAGAGAUCUUUGGUAAAGAUCGUGCUAGCGGGACCAGCGCUAAAGACAUCUCUGACGCUGCGAUCAGAGCCAGAGUCCGGGCAAAUGUGCCUACACCAACUCCUGAUAGUGACUAUGUAGGCUCGUUGGAUGAAAAUUGGGGAAACCUUGGAUCUCCGGCUACAGCUGUAUCAGAAUCUGCAGGGGAAAGCCCCGAGGGGGUGGACCGUGGUGCCCCAGUAACAUCCAAAAAGGCAAAGAGGGCUAAACUUUCCACCCAUAUUGGUGGAAUGGUGGAUUUACUGAAGCAGAUUCAUGAUGACUCCAACACACGCCUAGAGAUGUUGUCCACGAGGAUUGGGUACGAGGUGGAUCUGAGCAAGGCGAGAAAGGAUGCAUAUGAGGUUCUGAGCACCAUUGAUGGUCUCUCAAUGCUGGACAUCUUUGACAUUGGUGAAGUUCUUGUUGCUAACCCGGCUCGUCAUGAUUUCUUUAUGGGGAUGCCGCCAAUUGCUCGUCCUGCAUAUGCACUUCGUGUGCUUGCCGAGAAACGAGCUGGGCAGGUGUAGUAUCUUGGGUGUUCACUUCACUUGGUUUGAUCUAGUAGUUUGGCUUUUGUCUUAACAUAUAUGUAUGUAAUGGCUAU